UCGAUUACAGAAUAAAAUUUGUUUGUUUUAAGCGUGCAGACAUUUUUAUAACGAGACUAGGGCAUGUUACGGAGCGGUGGUGUGACAGCGACCUUUUGUUAUCCGCAUUCAAGCCUCAAAGAUAGGGUUCAUUAAAGCAACGGAGUGCACUAGAGUUGAUUAGUAACGAGACGACGACCUUUGUUAUACAGCAAUGGAAUUACUAUAUCUUGCCGCAGCUCUGCCCGUCGUUCUUUCCCUCUCCUGGGCUAAGUUCCGUGGGUUGGAGUACAUUUUAAUCAAUUACAGAUGGGUAUUUGUAUGCUUUUUCCUCCUACCAAUAUCAGUUAUUUAUGAUGUAUUUUAUUUCGUAAGAAACUGGAUUGUAUUCAAGCUUAACAGUGCACCCAAGCUCCACGACAAGAAAGUGCAGGAUGUGCAGAGACAGGUGAAGCAGUGGGCUUCUGAUGGCUGUCAGACCCAGAUGUGCACUGCAAGACCAGGCUGGAUGACUGUAAGCUUUCGCCAAGGUCUCUACAAGAGAACCAUGCGCAACAUUAACGUCAACCUGAUUGACAUAUUGGAGGUUGAUACCACUAACAGACAGGUGGUUAGGGUGGAACCCCUGGCAACCAUGGGACAGAUUACAGCUACCUUAAAUCCCCUUGGGUGGACUCUUCCUGUUCUGCCAGAGUUGGAUGAUUUGACAGUAGGUGGGCUGAUCAUGGGUGUGGGUAUUGAGACCUCAUCACACAAGUAUGGACUCUUCCAGCACUGCUGUGUGGCCUUUGAAUUGGUGUUAGCAGAUGGCAGUGUGGUCAAGUGUUCCAAGGAUGAAAACCCUGAUCUGUUCUAUGCUGUACCCUGGUCAUAUGGCACCCUUGGCUUCUUGGUUUCUGCUGACAUCAAGAUCAUUCCAGCCAAGAAAUAUUUGCGCAUGGAGUACAAACCUGUUCACUCUUUUAAUGAGAUAUUGAGGGUUUUUGAGGAAGAGACCAAGAAGAAGACUGGGAAUGAGUUUGUGGAAGGGUUGAUGUACUCGGAGAAUGAAGCAGUCAUUAUGACUGGAAAUAUGACGAAUGAUGCUCCCUCAGACAAGAUCAACUCUAUAGGAAACUUUUGGAAGCCCUGGUUCUUCAAACAUGUGGAGGGUUUUCUCAGGACAGGACCUGGCGUGGAGUAUAUUCCACUGAGGCACUACUAUCACAGACAUACCAGGAGUAUAUUCUGGGAGUUACAGGACAUUAUUCCCUUUGGUAACCAUCCUGUCUUCAGAUAUUUAUUUGGCUGGAUGGUUCCACCAAAAAUCUCUCUUUUAAAACUAACCCAAGGUGAAACCAUAAAGAGGAUGUAUGAACAGCAUCAGAUGAUCCAAGACAUGCUGGUUCCUAUGGCAGAUCUUGGCAGUGCAUUAAAGUGUUUCCAUAAAGAAGUUAAGCUGUAUCCACUUUGGUUGUGUCCAUUCUAUCUGCCUAACCUGCCUGGUAUGGUACAUCCCAAAGGAGACAAGGAUGCUAUGUAUGUUGACAUUGGAGCAUAUGGAGAGCCAAAAGUGAACAACUUUGACCCUGUGAAGACAACCAGAAAUAUAGAAGAAUUUGUGAGGAAGGUUCAGGGCUUUCAAAUGCUGUAUGCAGACUCUUACAUGACCAGAGAGGAGUUUCGGGAGAUGUUUGACCAUACUUUGUAUGACAAGAUGAGAGGGCAGUUGAAUUGCAAGAAAGCUUUUCCAGAGGUCUAUGAUAAAGUGAACAAAAAAGCUAGAACUUAACCAUGGAAUUUUUAUUAUUAAAUUUUAGAGACAAAUAGAUUUUAGAAUUAAGUGAUUUUUGUUGUGUUUACAUUGUUUUCAUUUUGUGGAAACUAUAUCUCUUUAAAAAAAGAGCCUUCAAAUAAUGAAAAGGCAAAACUUUUACCAAAGUUGUUUACAAAGAUAUUUAGUAAACUUUGAUAUUAAUUAUAUCUACACAACAGAAUUUAUUAAAGGGAUGAGUAGGUCAUUUUGCCAACAUUCAAAUAUCUAACAGUGAAAAGUUUUUAGAAUGAUAAUUUUUAUUUGCUCAAACCUACAAGAAAUACCAUGAUUUCAUAAAUGGUAUAAAAUAUUGCUUUGUUUAGUACCAGUAAUGUCUCUUACAUUGCAUAAAAAAAAGAUUCUUAUUCUUUUAAAUGCAUUCUUUCUAUGGUAAUUGAAAUACUAUUUUCAUAAAUUGAGUCUUGGUCAAGGAGUGUGAUCUGGUGAUCUGGUGAUUUAUCAUAGUCAAUUUAUAUUUACUUACCUUUCUCCCACUAUUAAAAGUUUCAUAGUUUUAGCUAUACCUACUGAUUUUUCCAAGGAGGGCAAGGACUUUAUAGUAAAGAUUUUUUUCACUGGCAAUCUUUAUGUCAAUAAAGGAAGCAGAUAUUAAAACUAGACACAUUUUCCUAUGAAUGAUGAAGGUGAAAUACAAAAUGUAAAAUCUCUAGUCUGUCAAAUGUGUAAUUGUACCUUAUAAACAUAAUAUUUAAUUGAUGUAAUAUUUUAUCAUACAGUUUCAGUUAAAAUUGUUAUUUUCAAGACUUUAGUUGGAACAAAGAUUUGCUUCAAUUCUGAGACAUAUGUUCUGAAAAUAUAUUGGCAGGUAUUCUCUAUUUACCUUUCAUACAACAUUCAAUACUGAUCAACUUUUACAUUUUUUGAAGAUUUAUGUAUGAACUAUGAUUUUGAUAAAAUAAAAUAUUUUGAAAGUUAA